GAAUCAUUCUGCCUUGGCUCACCCUUGACGAAACAGCUCGACUUAAAAAUUUGGCAGUUUUACUAAUACAGUAAUAGACAUCAACUCAAGUCGAAUGAAGUCGUUUCUUGUCGCAACCUUGGUAAGUGCUUAUUUGAUAUAACAUAAGAUUAUGAUAUAGUUGUAUUUGUCGAGUUAUAAAUAAGUUUACUUUUAAUGAUUUUUCUGUGUCAAGUGUAAUGUACUCAGGUAAAUAUGAUGCUUGUGAUGUUACUCUGAGUGUAUAUCCACACCGGGCAAGCUUGAAAAAUAUGCCUGGCCACGGUGGGAAUCGAACCUACGACCUCUGGAAUACUAGCCUAGCUCAAUGCUCUGCCAACUGAGUUUACUUUUACUGUUAUUGUCCGUUUGCAUAUAGUAUGAUAACUCAGUUUUCGAACUGAAAUUUCAAAAUGCUAUAUGAUCGUGUUUCAUAGUGUUAUUAUAGCAUCUUUCGUUGUUUGGAGUUAUGUCUUUAAAAUAAUAUACAAUGCAUGGUACGUUUUAAUUGUCGAUAUAACGUAUGACCGGCCAUCGGUCAAACGCAUGGGCGAUUUACCAGUACAGCACAUAUAGUGUUCUGCAUUUCGAUCUAAAAUUUCAACCUUGGCAAUUCUGUCAAAAGAUUUGAAUGUAUAUGUGUAGGAUUGAAAUUCAGUCUACAGGGUAAGUGAUCAAAAGUAAUUUCGAGCAAACUUAGCCAAGUUACUAGUCAGGAAAUAAUUAUAUUUGUACCCGUAAUUGGUUAAUGUGUUCAACCUUUAAAUGUUCAGCACGAACUGGAAUUUCAAUGCGGAAAUAAAAGCGGGCCAGAAUAUUGAUAAAAUAACAUGUAUAUAACGCGUGCUCUGAUUGGUCGAAACCCGUGUUUGGAUCAGGCCAUCAUGAAAGUUUUUUAAAGUGAAAUUUUAGCACGGAUAGUUGUUAUUUUAUAAAACAAUUACUUUAUGGUUUCCGUGUUUGGAUGGCCUGAUCCAAAUACGCGGCAAUGUUGCGAGAGUUAAGAAAAGCGCGCGAAACACGAGCCGAAGGCGAGUGAUUUUGCGCGCUUUUCUUAACUCGAGCAACAUUCCCAAGUUGAGCAACAUCCUCGAGCAACAUUCUCAAAAUUGCGUAUGCUGAAAUGAAAGUAAUUAAUUAAGCGCCUCGCUUGCAUUAAAGUAAUUUAGAGUAUAGAAUUGAGGAAGAAGUAUAGGAGUUGGUCAUUUAGUCACAUGUAAUUGUCUGUAAUCACCCGUUUCAUUUCCUACAUAUUUUUCUGUCGCGACUAAAAACAUAUUGCCUGGUUUAGUUAGAGUAAGUAAGUGGGAGUGUGCUAAUCAACCUAACUUUCAGCUGAACUGAGUUGAAGGCUUCCCGCUAAGGGCUCCUCUGCCUGGUGACCACAUUAUGACUCGUAUUUGAUUGAUUGAUUGAUUGAUUGAUUGACAUCUUUAUUUAAAACACGAGGUCCAUUUCACAGGUUAUGUUAUGUGCUCUUCAAUGGAGACGUAUAUCUAUACUAGUAGACUAAUUACUAAUAAAAAGGUAUCAAACUAUUUACAAAAGUAACAAACUACACAUGCAAAGAAACUAAUAUAAAGGAAAUAUUAAGAUAUUUUAGAUUUAAACUCUGCGAGAGAUUGAACUCUAGUGAGCUCCACGGGUAUGUCAUUCCAUAGGGUAGCUAAAAAUAGGAAAAACUUUUCUUCAAGGAUUCCGUUAAAGGUCUUGGUACAAAAAGUUUAUGAUUAGAUCCACGCAAACUAUGUUCGUGUAUCAUUGACGUGGAAGCAAAUUUUCCAGACAAGUAACUAGGAACCAUAUUAUUAACAGUUUAUCAUUAACAGGUUAUCUGAUCAUUGAAGGGUCAUGGAAGCUAGUAGGGUCAGUUUUGGGCUUAUUCCAAUCCACCAUGCAAUCAACAUUUCCUGUAGGUGGGAACCGGAGUACCCACGAAAAACACAAGACUUUCGGUAGAGCGUUGACUGAGUCUUUUCACAUAAGUGUCGUACGUCUGCAGUGAGAAUCGAACUCUCGGUCUUCGACGCUUUGAUCUGCAUACUAUUGCGCUAGGAAUUAGCGCUAUAUUUUUUAAACUUUUGUAAUGCCAGUUUUGGCCUGAAUAUAUUUGCGCGAGUCGGGCAAUGAACAAAAUUUAACAAAAACCUUUAUAUUAACUAGAAUGAAUCGAAAUCCACACGACAAUCUUGUAAACCAGUAGUAGAUAAUUUUUAGAUUUUUUUAUAAUUGAUGUGUGUAUGUAACUUAUAACUGUCUUAUUACUCUUAUAAUAGUUAGAUUAUCCAUGUACUGAAGAUUUACCGUGUUUAAAUACAUUUGUAUUGAUUGAUUGAUUGAUUGAUUGAUUGAAACAAGUUUAAAAUGAACAGUUUCCAUGCAUACUAGGCCGAAUUACGAAUCAAACUCUACUAUUUAACAAAUAUAAAACAUUUUCCGUGUUGAUAUACAGUUAUUCAAUUCAAUUCAAAUGUCUUUUUAAUAGAUCAAAAGAUAAAAAUACAUAUCUUAUGUUACAAGUACAUAUUAAGAAUACAUUAGUAAAGUUUACAUCAUAUGAAUAGGUUAUAGUUAAAAAUUAAUCUAUUUGCAAACGACAAUUUAAAACGUUCCGUGUUCACUCUUGGAUACUGACUAAACUCUGUCCUCAAAGAGUAGCUUGUGGAUUUUUUCUUGGUAUCAAGUCGACUAUGGCACUCUUCUGAUUUACAGAAGCCUUAAAAAUAUUUCUGUCUUGUAUUUCUAAAAGAUAUCUAAUAUUUACAGGUUCUGAUAUAUACUUUCGCUUAAAACAUCUGUCAAAAAACCGUUGUAGAGUAUUGAGUUCGGCUGGAGAAGAACCGUAGACGGACAGGCCAAACGUUAUAGUAGAUAUUACUAGGGUCUUAAAUAGAUAAUCUAUCUUACAUUGGCUAUAGCCUUCUGCCCUGAGUGUUCGUAUAACGUACAAGCAUUUGUUUGCUUUGACCAAUUUACCUCGCACAUGACUGGUGAACUUGAGAUUGUCUUGAAAAGUAGUACCUAAAAUGGGAAGUUCUUUGCAUUGGGGUAUAUUAUAAACAUUGUCAAGUUGAUCAUUAUAUCCCUUCUUCCGGAUGAUAAACUCUUUACAUUUACCAGGGUUACAAGUCAUAAAAUUAUCAUCAGACCAGCUCAGGAAUUGUCCAACUGUAUCUGUUGAUGUAUCAGGACCCUCACCCCAAACUGGCACUAUUAUAUUUGAAUCGUCCGCAUAUUUAAAAAGAGCGUUCUCGCCGUCUAUGUCCACCUCUAAAUCAUUUAGGAAAAUAUUAAAAAGGUAGGGGCCACUUACGCUCCCCUGUGUUGUACCCUUAUUAACAUCCAUCCAUCCAUCCAGUUAUAUCAACACGAGUGGAAUUGGGAAAACGAGAAAUUACAUGGAAACACGACGCCCGAAGGGCGGAGUGCAUGUUUUCAUACAAUUUCGAGUUUUCCCAACUUCCACGAGUGUUGAUAUAACUAUAUAUCAAUAAGGAAAAAUGUUUUAUACUUUUUUUAUAUUAUAAUAUAGCAAUGUCAAAAGCUCGAAGGAUAAGAAAAAUUUCCUUGUUUACAAGCGGCGGAAAAUUUCCCGUGUUGACAUUGAGGCUCUUAGCCAAUCAGCGUUCAGAAUUUAAAAAUGCUAUAUUAUAAAACUGAUUAUUUCGCGAACAAGCGCAUAUAUAAGCUAGUGAUGGGCGAUACCAGCUUUUUUGGGUUCGAUACGAUACCAGUCCGAUACCAUGAAUUUUGGUCGAUACCGAUACCAAAAUCGAUACCGAUACUCAAUUUUUUCCAUUUAUUAAAAUAACUUUUAAAACAAGAACAUUAAUGUUAACAAGUCAAAGAAUACUCUAACUGGAGUACCUACCAAAUAAUCGAACAUAACAUUUGCAAUUAUGAUUUUAAACAUAAACAAUAUCAAUGUGUUCAAUGUUUUACUCAAAUAUAUUGCUAAUUGGCUACAUGUUUUUGUUAAAGAACAGCAUCAUGUCAACAUUUAUUGCCUUCAGUAUGUUGCCUUCAUGAAGUAUUAAGAGAUUUUUCAGGAAUACUGACCAAAAACAUCGCAGGCUCAAGUGGUAUCGAAUUACCGAUACUUUUUUCGAGUAUCGAAAGUAUCGAUACUUUUGUAAGUAUCGAUGAUUUCGAUACUUUUUCGAUAGUAUCGCCCAUCACUAAUAUAAGCUAUCAGGGCAAGCGCCUUUCACCUCUGACAUCGCUACGGACUGAUGCGAGAAUUAAGAGUCAGUCAACGCUCUGCCGAAAGUCGUAGGUUCGGCUCCUGGCGCUCCGGUUCCCUCCCACAGAAAAAUUUGACAGGGUGAGUUACGAUAAACACGGUUAGGAAAGUAAUAUCAUAAUUGUUGUAAAGAUAAUUAGUCUAGGCCAAGUAGGUAAUACGUGAACGUAAUACUUGAUGUAAUACGGUCCCUGAAAAGCCCUGUAUAUGUGCAAACUAACUGAUGAAUCGAAGCAGUUCAACUCGUAUAAAAUGGCUAGUUUAAUUUAUACAGGGUGUAUAUAAAAAGAAAAUUCAGGCUUUUGGCUGUUUAGUGGUUUGACCAAGUUCUGUACGUAUUAUACAUCCAUUUACCAGAAGUAAUUAUUCAAUUUUUAUCCUAUAGGUCCUUGUGGCUAUUUUCAGUUUAUCACAUGCUGCACCGGCUAAAAGGAAUGGAUUGGGAAUAAGGAAAGAUGUUCUCAGUAAGUAGAUCCACCCCCCCCCCCCUCCUUCCUCGCCCAGGGGCGUAACUACACUCUAAAAACACUCUGGUUAAAUUUGGGUUAAUUCAACCAGGAUGGGGUUAAAAAUCCACCUACACAAUCCUGGUUAAAAAAAUUAAACCAUUUUCCUGGUUAAAAGUCCAAAGAAGUAUGGCCAGAUUUUUGUUGAAUCAAUAAUUUUUAACCAGGAAAUCAGUUAAUUUAACCAGGAAUGUGCUAGGUAGUUUAUUGAUCCAGUUCCUGGUUGAAUUUAACCAGAGUGUUUUAAGAGUGUAGCGAUAUCUGGUUGCGGGGGGGGUGAACUCGAAAUUUUGGGCGGCCUUCCUUUCGGAGGGGCCCCCUAAAAAAGUUUCCGGAAAAUGUUGGCAAUGGAGGGGGAGUGGGGGGAGGUCGACGUUUUCUUACGAAAAUAAAACGUCCCAAAAAACUUUUCCCAAACAUGUUUUUGGGAUAAUAGGGGAUUAAAAUACCUUUUUCGACCUCCAUUUUUUACCAUAUUCGUUAAUAUUUAAAUUAUUGGCAAUUCCAGCAUUUCGGGGCCCCCUUUGGGGAAAUUCGGCCCCCUUUCUUGACUUUUCUUUGGGGGUGUCACACCCCCCCCCCCUUCCACACAUACACUCCCAGUAGUUCCGGUGCUGCCCGCGCCCUUCACUGCAUGUAUGUAUGUGCUCGAAACUUUUUGCAUAUAUGUGCUCGAAACUCUGGUUGAGCUUUAUAUAGUUGCAACACCUCUUACAAGAGCGUAGCCAUGGAAGGGGUAAUCCUGGGGGUGGGGUCCGCUUUAGUGGGCGGUAUUAAACAAUAGUGGUAAUCAAAAGAAAUAGUGAUAUCAUUAGCGUAUGCCGUAUGGGGCAUGUGAGUGAGAGGGCCUAUCAGUGAAUGGUAUUAUAUUGAUUCAAAUUAAACUGAAUCGUGAUAUUAUUUUUUCUUUCCGUAUAGGAGAAUUUGAGAGAGAAUUGCUUUUAGAAAAACCAGCUAAAGUCGAUUCUCGUAAGUAUUGAAAUUGGCAGUAAUUAGUACUAAUUAAUUGGAAACUAAUUGGUUUGAUUAGACCUUCUCAACAUUGUGUCCAGGCUUUAAUCAUUCAGAAGGGGUCCGGGCAUCUUGGGACGUCCGAAAACCAAAAGUGGACGCCUUUGGUCGCCUAGGUUAUCCACGUACCAUUUGCAUAGAAAUUUCAGUAAUUCCAAAUAAACAUAUUACAGGUAAACGACUAGCUACGUCAAGCAUUCCUCUUUUGAGUUUCUAAAUUCAUUGCAAUUUUCCUCAUUACCUUUGCAAUUUAAAAAACUCCCUCGCAAAUCCCUUGAGGGACUUUGCAAUGUUCCUAAAAGCCGAUUAAAGUUUCCUCAGUACGUUCCUGUUAGAAGUUCUUAACUUCCUGUUACAAGUUCCUAUAACUUCCUGUUCUGUUCUACGCGUUGCAAUUGGCUAACAAAAGUUAUCUACCAAUGACAACACGCAGAACAGAACAGGACAGGACAGGACAGGAAAUUAAAACAGGAAGUUAGGAAAAUUUAAAAUGAAGUUUUUUUGCAUUGGAGUAUUGCAACAGCCGAUAAGAACAUUGCAAAUUUCCUCAAGGGAUUUGCAAAGAGUUUUUCAAAUUUGCAAAUCUAAUGAGGAAAAUUCCAAAUGAGUUAGGAAGUCAAAUGAGGAACGCUUCACGUAGUUAACCUGUAGUAAUAAUAAUUUAUUUUAACAUGAUAACAAUUACAGCUAAGCUGAUCGAUGUGGUCGUAUGUUUAUAAGGCAUAACCAUCAGCCUUUUUUUGAUAUAUAACUGGGGGAAUUCUCCCCUCCCCCACACUUAAAUUAAAUUAUCUUAGAAAAUGCACUUGGACAAUAUUGCUUUUAAAUGCAGGAAAUGUUAUUUCAGCUAUCAAAGAUUCAAAAAUAAAAAAAAAUUUCACCUACGUAGAUACAAGGCGUCACUUCUAUCGCGAUUUAACACCCUCUAACAAACACGUGAUUGAAUCAAAACUUGCCGAGCUCAGAGCAGGAGGUAGUGUUCUCAUCUUUCAUUACUUAUUGUCAUCAAUGAAUUGGCGCUUUUUUGUACACUGGUCUAAAAAGUAGUCAAUGAAUAAAUAACGUCGAUAUGCAUCGAUAACGAACGGUAGAUCUCAAAGUUAGAAACAAUUUGAACUUCGUGACCGUGUCGGUGUGAUAUAAAACUGACAUGUCAACUCUAGCUAUUUUCGGCCUGGUCAGUGGUCACGUAAUUUUGAAAAGGGGUUAAACGAACAUUUCUCACACAAAUUCAAAAUGGUUUGUGUCCGCUGCAACCGUAACUACGGAGUAUCGGAACCAUCAAUUGUCUAGAUUUAAGAAACGGGUUGUUUAUUCUACUUAAUUAAACUAGUAGCAAAUAACAUUUCACAAUCUGUAUAUUAGAAACUGAAGAUGAAACUGAAUCUGGAGAUGAAACUGAAUCUGGAGAUGAAUCGGAGUCGGGAGAUGAAUCGGAGUCGGGAGAUGAAGGUGAAUCGGGAGAUGAAGGUGAAUCGGGAGAUGAAGGUGAAUCGGGAGAUGAAGGUGAAUCGGGAGAUGAAGGUGAAUCGGGAGAUGAAGGAGAAUCGGGAGAUGACGGUGAAUCGGGAGAUGACGGUGAAUCGGGAGAUGACGGUGAAUCGGGAGAUGUAGGUGAAUCGGGAGAUGACGGUGAAUCGGGAGAUGAAGGUGAAUCGGGAGAUGAAGGUGAAUCGGGAGAUGAAGGUGAAUCGGGAGAUGAAGGUGAAUCGGGAGAUGAAGGUGAAUCGGGAGAUGAAGGUGAAUCGGGAGAUGAAGGUGAAUCGGGAGAUGAAGGUGAAUCGGGAGAUGACGGUGAAUCGGGAGAUGACGGUGAAUCUGGAGAUGAAGAACCAACCGGUGAAACAUAUCCUGGUGAAGUGCACCCGACUGGCCACAUAGGUACAUUCUAUCCAACACAAGAUGGAUCCGGAGGUAAUGGUGAGGAACAUAAAUCAUCCCCCCAUCCAACCGGUAGCCACCAUCCAACUGGUAGCCACCAUCCAACCGGUAGCCACCAUCCAACUGGUAGCCACCAUCCAACCGGUAGCCACCAUCCAACCGGUAGCCAUCAUCCAACCGGUAGCCACCAUCCAACUGGUAGCCACCAUCCAACUGGUAGCCACCAUCCAACCGGUAGCCACCAUCCAACCGGUAGCCACCAUCCAACCGGUGGCCAUCAACCAACCGGUGGCCACCAACCAACCGGUGGCCACCAUCCAACCGGUGGCCACCAUCCAACCGGUGGCCACCAUCCAACCGGUGGCCACCAUCCAACCGGUGGCCACCAUCCAACCGGUGGCCACCAUCCAACCGGUGGCCACCAUCCAACCGGCGGCCACCAUCCAACCGGUGGCCACCAUCCAACCGGUGGCCACCAUCCAACCGGUGGCCACCAUCCAACCGGUAGCCACCAUCCAACCGGUGGCCAUCAACCAACCGGUGGCCACCAACCAACCGGUGGCCACCAUCCAACCGGCGGCCACCAUCCAACCGGUGGCCACCAUCCAACCGGUGGCCACCAUCCAACCGGUAGCCACCAUCCAACCGGUAGCCACCAUCCAACCGGUAGCCAUCAACCAACCGGUAGCCACCAACCAACUGGUACAGACAAUGUUAUUUACCGUCGAUAAAUUAGUGAAGGGCUUGUCUCGUUCAAUUUCAUAGAGCGUUUGCCCAUGACGGCACAGUCGCCAUGUUGGUAUUCCAAUUCAAAAGAAUUUUAAUUAGACUCUUUUCAGUGGAACACCAACAUGGCCAUGGCUUCUGUUGAGUUGGUCACUGGGGAAUGAUCGAGUGCAAACGCUCUAUAUACACUAGCUAUAUGUACUCACCUCGUAUUAGUACAAUUACAUAGGUGAUUAUUGACAAUUAUCCACGCUGAUUAGUUGCCGUUGAGGUCACGCGAUGAUCACCUAAGCGAUUUUCGAAAUGGCGGCCGAAGCCGUUUUGUCAAUUAAAUGACGAAGAAGUGUGUACUUUUUAUUUUUUUCCAAAUAAUCACCUAUGAAAUUAUACUAAAACAAUUAUUCACCUCAGGCUCGGUGAUUAUCGUGAGUAAAACCUCGACUUCGUCUCGGUUUUAAUUCACCGAUAAUCACCUCGUCUUCGGCGAAUAAUUGUUAAAGAUGCUGUAAAGUCCGUUCUGAUCAUCAGUUCUGCUCAUAACAAAGGGGGACCCGCAGAUACAAACAUUGCCCAAAUUUUGCAUCUUUCGAACUUUUUUGAAUCGAAACGUAGAGUUUAUAUCCAUUUACAAGCAUAGCGAACCAGAAAGGUAUUAGAUAUUCAAUUAGUAUAUCAUCUUUUACAAAUAUAGCAGUUCAAAAUGUAAACAAAGCGUUUGUUUACAUUACAGACUUUACAGCAUUUUGAAUGAUUACCAAUAUUAUUAACACACAAAUAUAUUGUCAUCCAUAACAGUUUUUGAAGCACAACACUUCUCAGUUGGGGUAGUGUAUAUUCAUCAUAUACCAGGUGAUCCUAUUCAGCGAAUUUUCUCCCAGUACAGGCAGCAUGCAGGCUCGAAUUUCCGGCGUGUCACAAGCAGUAAAAAAUUGAAAGCUUCGCAUUUUACACAGAGUUCACAGAGCUCGCAAUUUUGGGUAACAACUUCAUCUUGUAUUGUUUUAAGCUAUUUAAAUAACACAGGGUGCGUAAGAACUAAAGAUGGUGGAUGAUGGAGGAACGUGGAUCCAAUAUAUCCAUGCAAGAUGAAGUACUUAACCAACUUUUGUGUAUGAUGUCCGCUGAAAAUACCAGCCCGCACAUGUGUGAGAAUAUUCGCUAAAUCCGAUCAACGUGUUAUGUACUAUAAAGUUGUUUUCGCGGUAAUAAUGUACGGAUAUAUGUUGGUUUUUUGCGCGUUGACAGUGGUCUUCAGUAUAUAUUUUACUUAGUAUUAAUUUGUAUUUUAAACUCAAAAUAGUUCAAAUUAAAAAGAAAAAAAAAUCGUUUCAAACGGUGCACUUUUCAGUACA